UCGGGUUCGGCCGUCGCCAUCUUGCUCAGGGUAGAGCGGAAGGCGGGCGGACGGUGACAGAGAGAGCGGGAACCAGAUACACCGAGAGGGAAGCAGCUGAUACCGCGGCGGCGAUGAGGAGAAAGCGGCUGUGAGGCCCCUCUCCCCACACACGGAGAGGUUUCCCAACAGGAGAGGACGGGUGGCGGGUAGGGGGGUGUGAGGGGAGCCGAGGCCGGCCCCUCUGUGACCGACCACCCGCCCCGGCCCAGGCCCAGGCCCAGGCCCAGGCCCACUCCGGCCCGGCCGUGCCCGCCGCUGGUACCGGGGACUGCAGCCCGGGCUGUGAGUGUCCGGACGCUGGGGGGUUUGGGGUAGGGGGAGGGGGGGGAGGGUCGACCAUGGCCGCCGCCAAGUUCGAGUCCCACGACCGGACGAGCUGGUACUUCGGCCCGCUGAGCCGGCCGGAAGCUCAGGCCAAGCUGCUGGGCCAGCGGCACGGCACCUUCCUGGUGAGGGACAGCAGCACCUGCCCGGGGGACUACGUGCUGUCGGUGUCGGAGAACUCCAAGGUGUCGCACUACAUCAUCAACAGCCUGCCCGGCAAGUUCAAGAUCGGCGACCAGGAGUUCGACAACCUGCCGGGCCUGCUCGAGUUCUACAAGAUCCACUACCUGGACACCACCACCCUGAUCGAGCCGGCUCCGCGGGCCCCGGGACCGGCCCCGGCCUCACUGCCGGCCUCCAUCCCCGCCGCCCCGGCCAAGGGCCCCGGGGCCGAGGAGAGCGCCGAGUACGUGCGGACACUGUACGACUUCCCGGGCAACGACGUGGAGGACCUGCCCUUCAAGAAGGGCGAGCUGCUGGUCAUCGUGGAGAAGCCCGAGGAGCAGUGGUGGAGCGCCCGCAACAAGGACGGCCGCCUCGGCAUGAUCCCGGUGCCCUACGUCGAGGUGGUGGUCAAGUCGUCGCCGCAGCCGCAGCCCCAGCCGCCGCAGAGCCUCCAGGCCCAGAGCCAGCAGCAGCAGCAGGCGGCCGGCUACCGUAACUCCAGCAGCUACGGCAUCCCCGAGCCCGCACACGCUUACGCCCAGCCCCAGACCAGCAGUCCCCUGCCCAUCGGCACCAACCCGCUACCCAGCACCCAGAACGGACCCAUCUAUGCCCGGGCCAUCCAGAAGCGGGUCCCCUGCGCCUACGACAAGACCGCCUUAGCCUUGGAGGUUGGUGACCUUGUGAAAGUGACCAGGAUGAAUAUCAGCGGCCAAUGGGAGGGUGAGGUGAAUGGACGGCAAGGACUCUUCCCUUUCACUCACGUCCAGAUCUUUGAUCCCCAGAACCCCGAAGAGAAUGAGUGACCCAGAGAUCCGGGUACGAGUGGUCACCUCCAUCUGCCUGUUCAUCGCACACGGUAUCAGCAUCACAUUCGGUGCAUCGCUUCCAGACUAAUGGGGAAACCAUCACUUUGCCAUGGAACUGCGAUUGGAUUUUUGAGUAUCUGCUUACCUGCUGGAUUUUAAUGUUUCUGUCUGAGCUCUUCCCACGUACCAUUAAAGCUACAUGAUUACUAAUAAUAAAUGGAGAAAAGGACGGGAGACAGACAGUCUUGAUCUCAGUGCUGCAAUUAUUAAUACUUCAGUGAACAUUUGAAGCCAACUGGGAUAACUGAGCAAAUACUUGACUGCAGCCCUCACAUAUGAUGGAUAUUCCUGCUGCCUACGACAGGCAUGUAAACGCGGUGAUCCCUUGCCGAUGUAUUAAUUGUGGUAUUUAGGGAUGCUUCUGGGACUAGAUGCAUCUAGCCUCAGCCAUUAUCUUGAGUGCUUACUUAAUGUAAAGGGGCUGAGUGAAUAACUGAGGCAUCAGACUCAAAAGAAUGAUUUGAAAUGGUUCAAGUUGCAGCCUAUACAUGUUAGUCUGUGGUACCAUUUCCAAUAUGGAGAGGAGUCAGUUUUCUUUGGAUACAAUCAGAUAGAUAGCUGUAGAAAACAAUCAUGAAUAAGUCACUUUUACAGUUUUGUAACACCUGUAAAAAUUGAGCUUUGAAAGAGGAAACACUCUGGGAAAACAGGAACAGAAUUGUCAAUGCUUGGCAAUCCACUAAGAUUGCUAGUUGUAGCCUGAGUGAGGCAAAGGAUAAAUUGGUAAUUCAGGCCUUCAGGGCUGGGCUGUGGGGCAGGUCAUUUGCAAUAUGACUGGCUUGUGAUUGAGCGAGGCACAACCUUCUCGGAUCUACAUAUGGAGGUAGUAGGUUCAGUUUUAGUGAAUGACCUUCAGAACAUCGAGAAUGAUUCAGACAUCUGGCUAAUGGGCAGAACAUAUUCAAAUGGGGAUAUUAGUGCCUUUUUCUUCUGGAACCAGUUUCUGAAAACAGUUUCUCAAUCUACUUUUCUGUAAAAAUGCUUAAUAUUGGACAGCUGCCUUUGGUAAACUCCUGCGCGGUCUGUCAGACCUCUGCCAAUGUCCAGCUUAAGUCAUCAAAUGCAGGUGGCUAAAGGGAUCUGUGAGGAGCUGUCGUUGGAGUGUGUUUUACAGAUUGGAGAAUCAUUUCACCUCUCUUAUACACACCUGACUGGCUGGUUUCUUGCACACAUGUAUACUUGAGUUUGUUUUUGCACCUAUUCUUUUUGACACUUCUGCCUGUGUUUUAUUUCUCUCUCGCUUGCCCAUCCAUAUUGCCCCCACAAUCCCCAUCGCCAGUUCAUAACUUUUUUCUUCUCUCAUUCACCACCUCUUCCUCCCUACCAGCGCCUUUCCCUCCUAGACCAAACUGUGCCUUUCUCUCAUGUCUGGUGGCAAUACUCUAUCUCCUUUGUUUCCUUUCUUUCUCCCCUUCAUUUACCAGCCCUUUCUCUCCCUACAUUUUCCCCCUUCUUCUCUUCACUUUUCUCCCCACACCAGCCACACUUCCACCUGUAGCGGCUUCCUUCCACCCCAUGACCAUCUCUCUCACCCCACUCCCUCCUUCCCCCUCCGUCCCACUCCUACCCCUUGCUUCCCUCUCCCUUGUCUUCCCCCCCCCUCUUUCUCCUCCACCUUAUCUAUGUCCCCUUCUCUCUCUCUCUCUCUCUCUCCUUUGUCUGUGUCCCCCUUCUCUCUCUUUCUUCUCCACCUUAUCUAUGUCCCCUUCUCUCUCUCCCCCUCAUGUGUCCCCCUUCUCUCUCUCUCUCUCCCUCUCCCUUGUCUGUGUCCCCCUUCUCUCUCUCCUCCACCUUAUCUAUGUCCCCUUCUCUCUCUCUCUCUCUCUCUCUCUCUCUCUCUCCCUCUCCCUCCCUCUCCCUUGUCUGUGUCCCCCUUCUCUCUCUCCUCCACCUUAUCUAUGUCCCCUUCUCUCUCUCUCUCCCUUGUCUAUGUCCCCUUCUCUCUCCCUCUCCAUUGUCUGUUUCCCCCUUCUCUCUCCUCCACCUUAUCUAUGUCCCCUUCUCUGUCCUCUCCUUGUCUGUGCCCCACAUCCACAUCCACCCCGUCCCCUCUUUUGCUUGUUGAAGCAUUUUUCUUUGGCAUUGCAUUCUGGGAGUAAGGGCAUGCUCCUUCUUCAAAUGACUCUUUACCAAAACGCUCCAAGGUAAUCUGUUGAAAUGGGCUUCCCUUUUGUUGUGUAGUAUUCAUCUGAAGCCAUUCAUGCCUUAUAUAUUAGAAUACCUGUGCCCUAACUGCUUUACUUAAUAACCCAGGGGAAAUGAUUGUCGCCGCAGUGCAACACGAAAGUUAUUCACUGCUGACAGCUAUUGCCCCACUGAGUUGAUUAUUAUGGGGAACUGCACUCCCUUUGAGUUAUUGGGCCCAACCCUUUGCUGCUGUGAAAGUGUCCACACAAAUGUUACCUGUGGAAUAACUGUACCUAAAUGGCUUUGAAAGACUGAAACUUGCAUGAUUAUGGAGUACCAUUGCUCUGCUCCGAGCUGUGGGCAGGUGGGAGUUCCCACCUUUUUGCUGCUCUGUUGCUGAACUCUGUAUAUCGCCACGGCAAUAUUAGCAGGUGCACAGAGUAGCUGCCAGGAAUAGUCCAUUGGAGUUUUUCCCCAGUUGGAAAACUAGUAACUGGAUUUGAUGCAGUCACUGUGUAUAUACAACAAAGCCCCACAAGAGCUUCCUCUCUCCUCCGACUCACUGGUUAGGAGAUGCACUUUCCAAGACUAACGAUUGGCAAGUCUGUGUUACUGUUACUGUCUGAUUAGCAGUGUUCAUUUUGCACUGUGUUUGCAGUACACCAUAGGUCCUGGUUAUUGAAACAAAACCUUGGAACUCUACACCUUGCUGAAGCUCACUGCAUCUUAACAAUGAGGAAAUUGCCUGGUGAACUCGGGUUGGGGGAGAGGGAGGGAGGGAGGAAGGGAAGAAGCAGACAGACGUCCUGAGGUCAGUUCACCAUUGAACCAAAGUAUGCAUCUAGUGCCUAAAAUCAAAAGUGCCCGUUGUAAUGAGCAGGGCAGGUUGAGAUGGGUAGAUAUUGCUGUCCUGAUUACUUUUUGAAGGUGAUUUUUAGUAUUUGUUUUCAUAGGGGCUACCACGUUGUGGCUUCAGUAUGUUUGGAACUAACACUUCCAUUUGCCUUCCUUUCCACAUCUUCCUUGCUGAGGGCUUCAGUUAACUGAAUCGAUCCAGGGUUGUGGGAAUAACUGUGAUACUGCAGUAUUGAUGCAAAGGUUUUUAUUCAACAAUCUUUAAAUAUGCCUCAGUUUUAUGACUCAGUAAUGCAACUAGGUUUGUGUUCCUGUUCCAUUCUCUUUCUUUGUCAAACCACUAUAGUUCCUUUGGCUUGUUGCCAAGCUGUUACACUGGACUCCUAAACAUUGUCUGGUUACCAGAAAUGCCUUGUGAGAAUGAACGAUGCCCUACGUUUCCUUUCCCUCCCCUUUACCCUUUGAUUCAGUUCCAGUUUGUGAGUGUUUCCCCUUUCAGGUUAUUAGUACCUGGCGUGCUUCUCUUCCUCCUUUAGCUUAUCAGCUUCCAUUAUAUUGUAACCAGGCUCGUGCACUACAGGAAGAAAAUAAACACAUGUCUGUGCCUCUUGUGACCGUCGCGCAGUGAGUCAAGCGAUGAAUCGUACUGUGAAGGGUGAGCAUGUACUCAGCCUGCAUCACUUCCCUGCCUUCCCACUGCAUUUGUUACCAAUAAAAUAUUGUUUACAACACAGCGAAUUCACGACAGGUUUUUAAUAUUUGCUAAUAGCUUAAGAAAACAAUUGAAAUGUUUGUCUGUGACUUCCUCGCAUGCUCGUCUCUUUUAUUUUUGUAGCAAGCUUUGCGCUGCCUGUUCUGGGAGAAUAAUUAAUGCAUUUUGUUUAACAUUCUGGGAAUGGGAACCUCUUGCCUGUGUACAGUACAGAUCAUGUCUAACACUUUAUUGAAUAAAUCCAGUGUUUGGAAA